CUACCGCUGCUAGCCGCCCCCAGCGCCUCUGCCUACAGCUUUCCCCAGCAGCACACGAUGCAGCACUGGGCCCGGCGCCUGGAGCAAGAGAUCGAUGGUGUGAUGCGGAUUUUUGGGGGCGUCCAGCAGCUCCGUGAGAUCUACAAGGACAACCGGAAUCUGUUUGAGGUACAGGAGAACGAGCCUCAGAAGUUGGUGGAGAAGGUGGCAGGGGACAUCGAGAGCCUGCUGGACAGGAAGGUACAGGCCCUGAAGAGAUUGGCCGAUGCUGCAGAGAACUUCCAGAAAGCCCACCGCUGGCAGGACAACAUUAAGGAGGAAGACAUCCUGUACUAUGAUGCCAAGGCCGACGCUGAGCUGGACGACCCUGAGAGUGAGGAUGUGGAGAGGGGGUCCAAGGCCAGCACCCUAAGGCUGGACUUCGUUGAGGACUCAAACUUCAAGAACAAGGUCAACUACUCGUACACGGCCGUGCAGAUCCCCACGGACAUCUACAAAGGCUCCACUGUCAUCCUUAAUGAACUCAACUGGACAGAGGCCCUGGAGAACGUGUUUAUGGAGAACCGCAGGCAGGACCCCACACUGCUGUGGCAGGUCUUUGGCAGUGCCACGGGAGUCACUCGCUACUAUCCAGCCACCCCAUGGCGAGCCCCUAAGAAAAUCGACCUGUACGAUGUCCGAAGGAGACCCUGGUAUAUCCAGGGGGCCUCGUCGCCCAAGGACAUGGUCAUCAUCGUGGAUGUGAGUGGCAGCGUGAGUGGGCUGACCCUGAAGCUGAUGAAGACGUCUGUCUGUGAGAUGCUGGACACGCUCUCUGAUGAUGACUACGUGAACGUGGCCUCGUUCAAUGAAAAGGCACAACCUGUGUCAUGCUUCACACACCUGGUGCAGGCCAAUGUGCGUAACAAGAAGGUGUUCAAGGAAGCUGUGCAGGGCAUGGUGGCCAAGGGCACCACAGGCUACAAGGCCGGCUUUGAGUAUGCCUUCGACCAGCUGCAGAACUCCAACAUCACUCGUGCCAACUGCAAUAAGAUGAUCAUGAUGUUCACGGAUGGUGGUGAGGACCGUGUACAGGAUGUCUUUGAGAAGUACAAUUGGCCCAACCGGACGGUCCGUGUGUUCACUUUCUCUGUGGGGCAACACAACUAUGAUGUCACACCCCUGCAGUGGAUGGCCUGCGCCAACAAAGGUUACUAUUUUGAGAUCCCUUCCAUUGGAGCCAUCCGCAUUAACACGCAGGAAUAUCUGGAUGUAUUGGGCAGGCCCAUGGUACUGGCCGGCAAGGAGGCCAAGCAGGUGCAGUGGACCAACGUGUAUGAGGAUGCACUGGGGCUGGGGUUGGUGGUGACAGGGACCCUCCCUGUUUUCAACCUGACACAAGAUGGCCCUGGGGAAAAGAAGAACCAGCUGAUCCUGGGUGUGAUGGGCAUUGACGUGGCUCUGAAUGACAUCAAGAGGCUGACUCCAAACUACACGCUUGGAGCUAACGGCUAUGUGUUUGCCAUUGACCUGAACGGCUACGUGUUGCUGCACCCCAACCUCAAGCCCCAGGUGAGCCAAAGGGGUGGCCAGGAGGGGGGUAAACUCUACAAGAUGGGAACCCCUGACUUCCUGCCCUGCCUCCCACAGACCACCAACUUCCGCGAGCCUGUGACUCUGGACUUCCUGGAUGCUGAGCUGGAGGAUGAGAACAAGGAGGAGAUCCGCCGGAGCAUGAUCGAUGGCAACAAGGGCCACAAGCAGAUCAAAACGCUGGUCAAGUCCCUGGACGAGAGGUACGUAGACGAGGUGAUGAGGAACUACACCUGGGUGCCUAUAAGGAGCACCAAUUACAGCCUAGGGCUUGUGCUCCCACCCUACAGCACCUUCUACCUCCAAGCCAACCUCAGCGACCAGAUCCUACAGGUCAAGUUGCCAAUCAGCAAACUGAAGGAUUUUGAGUUCCUGCUCCCCAGCAGCUUUGAGUCUGAAGGACAUGUUUUCAUUGCUCCCAGAGAGUAUUGCAAGGACCUGAAUGCCUCAGACAACAACACCGAGUUCCUGAAAAACUUCAUUGAGCUCAUGGAGAAAGUGACUCCAGACUCCAAGCAGUGCAACAACUUCCUUCUUCACAACCUGAUCUUGGACACAGGCAUCACACAGCAGCUGGUGGAGCGUGUGUGGCGGGACCAGGAUCUUAACACGUACAGCCUUCUGGCCGUUUUCGCUGCCACUGAUGGCGGCAUCACUCGUGUAUUCCCCAACAAAGCAGCGGAGGACUGGACGGAGAAUCCGGAACCCUUCAAUGCCAGCUUCUAUCGCCGUAGCCUGGACAACCAUGGCUAUGUCUUCAAACCCCCACACCAGGAUGCCCUGUUAAGGCCACUGGAGCUGGAGAAUGACACAGUGGGCAUCCUCGUCAGCACAGCUGUGGAGCUCAGCCUGGGUGGACGCACACUGAGGCCAGCAGUGGUAGGUGUUAAGCUGGACCUAGAGGCCUGGGCUGAGAAGUUCAAGGUGCUAGCCAGCAACCGAACCCACCAGGACCAGCCUCAGAAGCAGUGUGGUCCCAGCAGCCACUGUGAGAUGGACUGCGAGGUUAACAAUGAGGACCUGCUCUGUGUCCUCAUUGAUGAUGGGGGAUUCCUGGUGCUGUCAAACCAGAAUCAUCAGUGGGACCAGGUGGGCAGGUUCUUCAGUGAGGUGGAUGCCAACCUGAUGCUGGCACUCUACAAUAACUCCUUCUACACCCGCAAAGAGUCCUACGACUAUCAGGCAGCCUGCGCCCCCCAACCCCCAGGCAACCUGGGUGCUGCACCCCGGGGGGUCUUUGUGCCCACCAUCGCAGACUUCCUUAACCUGGCCUGGUGGACCUCGGCUGCAGCCUGGUCCUUGUUCCAGCAACUUCUCUAUGGCCUCAUCUAUCACAGCUGGUUCCAGGCAGACCCCGCGGAGGCGGAGGGGAACCCCGAGGCGCGCGAGAGCAGCUGCGUCAUGAAACAGACCCAGUACUACUUCGGGUCGGUGAACGCCUCCUACAACGCCAUCAUCGACUGCGGAAACUGCUCCAGGCUGUUCCACGCGCAAAGACUGACCAAUACCAACCUUCUGUUCGUGGUGGCCGAGAAGCCGCUGUGCAGCCAGUGUGAGACUGGCCGGCUGCUGCAGAAGGAGACACACUGCCCAGCGGACGGCCCGGAGCAGUGUGAACUGGUGCAGAGACCGCGAUACCGGAGAGGCCCGCACAUCUGCUUUGACUACAACGCGACGGAAGAUACCUCAGACUGUGGCCGCGGAGCUUCCUUCCCGCCGUCGCUGGGCGUCCUAGUCUCCCUGCAGCUGCUGCUCCUCCUGGGCUUGCCUCCCCGGCCACAGCCCCAAGUCCAUGCCCACGCCUCGCGCCGCAUCUGAGCGCCCCCCUCCUGCCCCUCUCCAGGCCUCCCCGCCUCUCUCCUGCCCCACACACCCCACCUUAGAGCCUCGCAUCCUCCUCCCUUACCGAAGGACCUGAGCAGCCAGGUCCAAGUC